AGGAUGGCAAGCCCUACAUUCUUAAUAUGGCUGUCGGUGCCUGUGAGCCCGACCAGCGCUCUCAGGGCUUUGACUUCGCCGCCAGGUUUGAGUUUGCCAGUCUGGAGGACAUGCGGUACUACGACGACGUGUGUCCCGCUCACCAGGCCCUCAAGGCGGCGGCUCGCGGCUUGGAGGUUAAUGGACUGAUGACGAUUUACUUCAAGGAGCUGCUCACGGGAGGCAUCUAGGCCAUGAAAGAAAAAGAGGGGGGACGGAGAAAAGAGAGCCAGAGUUAUCCGUGCUGGAGCUCCAUAAGCACUUGCACAACAGACAAAAUUGCCAUUCUAGACUAUAGAACAAAAAAAAAUGAAAACCCGUAUAAUUUGAGGGAUGAAUAU